UACUGGCAGGGAACGCCUCUUUUUAAUCAGAGAAUUUCUGAAUUCUGAGACCCCAUACUAAUUAUUAUACUCCCAAAACGAGAAGGUGCAAAUAACAAAGCCGUGAGAACGUCCACAGGAUAACCUUUCUCGUUCCCAGCACCACCAGCAAGCAAGUAAACAAAAGCAAACACUUUCGGUUAAGUUAAUGUCUGAUCUCAUCUCUCUUUCCUUCAUGAAUCAAUUCAAGAGCAACAAGUGACUCCUGCUUCUUCCACAUUGCCGUAGGACAGAACUUGAAAAGAAAUUAGGGUUAGUUUUGCAAAUCGAGCAACAAUGCUGAAGCAAAUGCUGUACAAUGAACAGCAAAGAGUGGCAAUUGGUGGUCUUCUCAUCCUUCUUCUUCCCAUGUUCUUCCCCAAUCUCUUCCGUCCAUUGGGCCGAGCCUAUCCUUCUCUCUUCUCCGAAUGGAAUGCUCCGAAACCUAGACAUUUUCCGCUUUUAAGAGCUGCCCUAAAUCGCCCUAUCCUGAGUAGAGAACAGUCUGAGCUUUGGUCUCCAUUGCCUUACCAAGGAUGGAAACCUUGUACUGAGCCCAAUAUUAUACAACCUUCACUGCCUCAAAAAUCUCAAGUGUACAUUCAAGUGUUUCUUGAUGGUGGAUUAAACCAGCAAAGAAUGGGAAUAUGUGAUGCGGUUGCUGUUGCUAAAAUACUCAAUGCUACCCUUGUCAUUCCUCAUCUUGAAGUGAAUCCUGUCUGGCAAGAUUCUAGUUCAUUCGUGGAAAUAUUUGAUGCGGAUCACUUUAUUGACAUCCUGCGUCAUGAAAUAUCUGUUGUUAAAGAGCCUCCCAGCAAGUACUCUUGGAGUACACGUGAGUACUAUGCUACAGGUAUACGAGCUACAAGAAUCAAGACUGCACCUCUUCAUGCUUCAGCUAAUUGGUAUCUGGAAAAUGUUUUGCCUGUAUUGCAGAGUUAUGGGAUAGCUGCUAUUGCUCCAUUCUCUCACCGCUUGGCUUUUGACAAUUUACCUACAAACAUACAGCGCCUAAGGUGUAAAGUCAAUUUUGAAGCCUUAGUUUUUGUUGCUCAUAUAAAGUCGUUGGGAGAUACACUUGUUAACCGUCUCCGCUAUCCUUCUGGCGCCUCAGGAACUGAGUUUGUGAAGGAGAGAAGAGGUGAUACUGGAAAAGAGGGAUCUGGAAAGUAUGUUGUAUUGCAUCUUCGCUUUGAUAAGGAUAUGGCUGCUCAUUCAUCCUGUGACUUUGGCGGGGGGAAGGCUGAACGACUUGCUCUGGCCAAAUAUCGCCAAGUGCUUUGGCAGGGAAGAGUUUUGAACUCACAGUUUACAGAUGAAGAGUUGAGAGGUCAGGGUCGUUGCCCAUUGACUCCUGAAGAGAUUGGAUUACUACUAGCCGCUUUAGGUUUCAGCAAUAGUACUCGUCUCUAUCUUGCUUCACACAAGGUAUAUGGUGGAGAAGCAAGGGUCUCUACCUUGAAGCAAUUAUUUCCCUCAAUGGAAGACAAGAAGAGCUUGGCCUCUGCAGAGGAAUUGGCUCUAGUUGAAGGCAAGGCGUCUUUAUUGGCUGCAGUUGACUAUUAUGUGAGCUUGCAGAGCGACAUCUUCAUAUCAGCCUCUCCAGGAAACAUGCAUAAUGCUUUGGUGGGACAUAGAGCUUACCUGAACCUGAAGACCAUAAGGCCAAACAUGGUAUUGCUGGGUCCGCUUUUCUUGAACAAGAGUGUUGAGUGGUCAGAAUUUCAGACUGCUGUGGUUAAGGGCCAUAAGAAUAGACAAGGGCAGAUUAGAUUGAGAAAGGAGAAGCAAUCAAUUUAUACAUACCCUAUUCCUGAUUGUAUGUGUCAAUUACAGUCGGAAAAGAUGCAGAAGUAAAAGCUUCAUUUUUGUGCACAUUUCUUGCAACCGGUACUAUCUUUAUUUGUGCAUAGCAGAGUAACUAGACAGUUGUACUUUUGUGUUUCUGUUACUUGAUAAUUGAGUUCACUCCUACCCCACAAA